GUCCUAGACUCCCAAAAACAAAUGGAUAUUUGAUUCUUUGACUUCGAACACAGAAUUUAAGUAACUUUCCAAACCAAAUCAAAGGUGAUGCAUGGUAAGUUCCCAAACCAAGAACCCAGAAAAAAGAGCAAAAGAGGAUCAGACGACCACAAAGAAAAUAACAAUCGUGGACUGGUUGUUGGGUUCUUGGGGACAAUUUUCUUGGUAGCCUUCAAAAUUUUAUCUAUUCUAGAAAUCAAUUUUCGUUCUUAACCUAGUUGGAAAAAAAAGGGAGGUGAAAAAUAAAUCGAAGGAAAGUACAAAGAUCUGCUCCACAUCUCGAUUCUUCGACACGUCGAUAAACCCAAUUACUUGUCGGAGCGAACGAGCUUUCUUUCUUUCUCCAACUAAUUCAGGCAAACCUGAAACAUGGAUUUCAUCGUUUAAGGAUUGAAAUUUACUAAGAGCAGAUCAAAAUGGAAAGUUAAGCCCAGGUUCGUUGACUGAAAGACUCUUGGAAGCAGAUGGCUUCUGGGAAAGGAAAUCCUCAUUUCAGUGUCUUUGAUGGAGUGAAGACUUUCCCAUUAACACCUGAGACUCUCAUGGCUGAGAUCAACACUGCUAUUACUAAUCUUGAAUAUGCACGUGCUACAGCUCUCCUUGACUCCCCAUCUUCAUCUCUGUCGAGAAGCAAGGGUCAUGAUUCUCCCAAAUAUGAUGCCCGAAUGGCUGAUGAGGCUUACAAAGCUGGAUGUGCUGCAUUGGCUGCUGGCGAGCUUGAUGAAGCUUUUCAUUCUUUGAAUAUUUCUCUCUCCAAAUGCCCACCUGAGAAAACUGCUGCUGUUGCCAAGCUUCAGUCUCUUAUAUCUCUUACUUCUCAGCAACUCCACAAAUCUUCCGUUUCAAACUAACCCAUAUUGCUAUGGUGGCACUGGACAAAGCUAGUCAUUAUUGGUUGUCUUCUUUUCGAUCAUGGUGCCUUUUCCAUUCAUUAAAGUUUAUCUGAGGUUGGAAAUGAUUUUUUUUCUCCUUUUGGCUUGACUAGUGCAAUAGUUGGGCUCUCCUAUCAUUUCUUAACAUCCUGUACAGUUGAUUGGGGAAUCUUCUUAGUGAUUCACAUCUGAGGGAAAAAAGGAGAGAGAUGCAGCAACCUUCUCACUUGCCCUUGCUCCUUCCUUGGUAUCAGAACCUGCCAGAAGUUAAGAAGGUUGAAUUUCUUUGGGCAUAGAGGGAGUUUUAGUAAUGUGAACAUGAUGUUUAUUGUACCAGAUAAGUUUCUUUAACUUUUACAUUGUAAAAUAGAUAAUUAAUUAUUCUUCCUUUUUUUUUUUAAAUAAAAAACUUUGAGAAAGGUAUUGCUGAGCAAGAAAAUAUUUUACCGGAGUUGUUGGUUAUGUAAAGCUCCUUGUUGUGGAAGAAUCAGGUUUAUGGUGUGGGUGACUACUUCCUUCGAGGAUGUGCCAUUAAUAAGUUCAUGAAGUUGCUUUAAAACAGUCAUCCUGUAAUUUUGGUUUGUCUUGUUAGAAGUUUAAACUAACGUGGUUCUAAAUACUUCACCAGCAAGAAUCCGUUAAAAUAGCCGAAAAACAACACUUUGAGAUAAGUUCUUUCCCGGUACAAUUAAUGCCGGUUGACCAUUAUCGCAAGUGUCAUGCCAACUUCACCGGCUUGGAUUGUCAUUUGUUGUCAGGGAUUGAAAGGAAAAAGGGGAAGGAAUUAGAAAGUUAGAUAGACUGCAGGAAGGAUAUGAAACUUGGUUACUGCUAGAUGUUGAUCAAGUUUUCCAUGUAUCAGAUCUGGUUGUUACAUGAAAAUUCUGAUGUACUCUCAACAAAUCCUUUACAAGUGUAUUCAGACAGCUGCUUUCUCCAACAUGGGCGUCUUUUAUCAGGAAGAACAGCCUCGUCAAUCUAAAAGAUGGAAGUUCCUAAAUACAGUUCUCAAGGAAGCAUUUUCCAAUUGCCAUACUUUCAAUGGAGAGCUUUCAAAUUCGGGUCCGGAAGAAGAAUAUUCAACAAGUGACAUUGAUGAUGAAUCAGAAGAAGUUGUUUCUGAAAUUCGAAGUCAGGCAAUGGAAAAGAUGAAGCACAGGCCUAGUCUAAUAUCAGAAAGCUUUUCCUGGCUAUUAUCUCCUUCAACAGGGGAAGCUAUAUAUAACCUCAAAGCACGCCAAACGAAGAUGAUAAAAGAGGGGAAUUCUUUUCUGUUGGGAGUUGUUUCUCCUUCUGUUUGAGUGCUGUAAGUAGGGAAGCAUUUCUAUCGGCUAACACGAACUUUUCUCGUUCUUCAGGCUUAUACAAGAUUGAUUUCCCAGACAUUUGGAAGUUCGAUUUCCCGGAAAUUCGAAGGCGAUCAAUCAUUCAGGAAUUCUGUCAUUGUGAGGGCUGGCCAUUUGGGGUGUGCAGGAAGGCUGUGUUGCUCCCGCCUCUGCCCGCAUCCCCUUCUAAGUCUUGGUCUUGGCCUAAAGGCUCCAGAUUUGAGGUUAAACAUAGCUUAAUCUACGAACCUCCCAACACCCCCCGCUUUCACUUCCGUAUUAUAGUUUCUCUUUUUCUGUCUCCUAUUCCGUUUUGGUUUUGGCAAUGGAAGAAGGAUUCUUUCCCAUUCUAAGUUCAAAAUCUAGUAACUAGUCAUAGAAUAAGGGAGUAAUCAUGGACAUAAGAAAAUCAUGGUGAU